AUGUCACAUGAGUGCAAAAAAGUACCGCUGCUCUUGGGGAAGUUAUUAGAGCGCAGCAAGCAUCCCAAGACUGUAGAAAAGAUGAGCGACGAACUCGAAUCCGUGCGACAAAAAAUUAGAGAGACCGAGAGGAAAAUACAGGAUAUUGAAGCUCUUCCGGCUGGUAACUCAGACCGGCUUCUGUUUCUCACUCGCCUUCCGGCUUUGGAUGCUGCGCUUGCUGAACUACAGCUAUUCGCUGCCACCGAGCCUCUCAGCAAGUGCAGGAAAAUUGAGGAUGAAAGUCUGAGUACCUUUUGGCAGGCUUUAAAGGAUGUAGAAGUUAAUGACGACCAAAAGUUUCUCCAACUAUCUAAAGACAUCUAUUUUUUGGGGCAAUUAGUAUGGCCUUCUAUCCUUUUCGUCCGUGAGUGUUAUCGUGACCUAGAAAAAACCGUCUUUGAUGAUAACAUAAUGCGACUACGUAUCACUGGCAAUCCCG